CCAAGUGCAAGGCAAGCUUGUCAUGUACAUGCAAAACCCCUUUUUAAUUUUUGAACGAGCAUAUGCAAAAGCUACGUACAUAUGAUUAUAAGCCCAAAUUCAAGUACAUUACCUGUGCAUUACCUGUGCCGAGCUCGAAGUUGAGAUUGAUACGGUGAAGCACGUCGGACGGCUCCAUACAAGGCAAGUUCACUUCAACUCUUCAUACAAGGAAGCAAAGUCCUCAACAUAGUCCAAAGCUCCCGAUCGAUGCAAUCCCUUGCCGCAUCCGACCAGGGUUCUUGCAUAGGUCUUGCCAUGUAUGCAUCAUCUAUGCUGCUAUAAAGAUGAGACCCUGGGUAGCGUCCAAAAGCACACAAGUUUGAUCAUCGCCCACAACACAUCCGAUCAGAAGAGAAAAAGGACACCAUGGGACGGGGUGACAGGUUAAAGAAGUACGGAUCAAGAGAUGUUGAAGGCUCGACGAGCGGUAGCAGGAACAGCAAAGGCGGCUCAACUCCUCCACCACCUCCAAGCAAGACGGGAAACCAUUCCAAGGGCGCGGAGUACACACGCCGGUCACCACCGUUGCCUAGCGCCCCGCUGCUUGUACUGAAGUCGCAUAGCAGAGUGCCACGGACUACGCGUAGCUACCCGAACCACAACUCAAAGAAUUCUGACCAGACAUCCAUCUCUCUCGAUGCCGAUGCUCCACCACUAGGGAACCUCGAGGACAAACUUGAGGACGUGUUGUCGUUCGUGCCUAUGAGCCGCGGUAUGGAGCAACUCUUAGACGAGGUGAUGGAAAACAUGGACCAAGAUGAGCCGGCCUCAAAAUCUACACCUCCGGCCAAGUCUAGUUCGGUGGUGAAGCACACGCCCCCGGCGGUGAGUGAUCCAGCUGCGAAUUCUUCAAUUGUGGCAGGGAGCGAUCUCGUCGUAAAACCCGCCUCCCUGGUGACAAAGCCCGCUUCUUUAACCACAUCAACAAGCACCCCCGAAGUGGACAAAAAGCGGUCAUCGGGUGCUAUCAGUGACAAGGACGUUGGGAUAACUGCAAAUAAACCAAGGCCGCCUGCUUGCGAUGUUUCCAGCAAAUCAACUAAUCUAGAAGGCUUUUAUUCCCCUGAGGCAAAGGAGCUCCGUGUAUUAAUUGAGCAACACCAAAAUAUUCUUGCUAGAGAAAACACUCUGCUCGAGAAGCUCAAAGUCCCUCCGACUAAUAACAUCUCAACACCAAGCCUUGUUCUCCCGCCCGGAAUAGCAGCAAAGUACAUCUCAAUAGGACUCGAGGAUAUACAAGAGGCACUAAGGGAGCAGCCGAUCAAUGAGGAGCUAACCAUAACUAAAAUCGAGUCUGUGAUAAGUAUGUGGAAGAUCCCGUAUGUGAACGAGGUCCUGCCAGACCUUGAGAUUCUGAUUCGACACCUUGAAGCAGUGGUGGCUUGUCUGGGCGGAAAAGGUGGUCUUGCCACUUCCCACACAUCGGCACCCGCACCGGCGCAAGUGUCAUCUCUGUUGGAGAAACUCGAUGCAGCUCAUGCGGGGAUCACUCAAGGACUUUGCCGCCUCGAGAAGGAAGGGCCGCGCCUAGAGGGGCACCUUGCCGACCUCGCCUCCAUCUGCAACAGACAAAAGAAGUUGGCCGAAGAACAUCGGAUGCUUGCCGGCAAACAUCAGCAGCUUGCCGAGGAGUACAAGGCCCUCUGUGAGAAGGAAACCGAGAUGGCGGCACUGGCUGAAAAGCGCACGUGCGUCCUAGCUGACAUGAUGACUUCUAGCUCCCGCCAUCUUGAAGCUCAUGAGGAUGCAGUCCGGAGUUCGUCACAGGUGGCCGAGUCAUACACAAGACGCCGUGCGGAGGCGGCUGCCUUCCUGGCCGCCGGCGGAACGCUUCCGGAGAUCGCGACGAUCCUAGCAUAUAAAGCUCCUGAGUGAGGGAGCGAGCUAGAGAUCAUGGACUGCUCUGCAAAAGCUGCACUUAAAAAUAGGUUCUAUAUUAGUUAAAUAUAAUUGUCUUAGCUCAUCCAGAAAAAAGUUUGAUUAGUCCUAGUGAACUUUUGUAUC